AUGCCAACAUCUCCAACGGCAACUUCUUCCUGGGACAACCUCUUAAAUGCUCUUGCUCGCAGCUCGAUAUGGAAUUGGUUACAAGCAACUUUUGUAGGAGAGACUAGUGUCCCUCCGCCAACAAAUUUGGGGAUACUAGAUAAUCUCGCUCCAGCUGUGCAAGUCAUCCUAGGGAUUUCCUUUUUGGUUUUGUUGGCAAUUGGAUUAUUUGCCUUAUGGAAACGAAGCGUUCGAUCAAUACAGAAAAUAGUGGUGUUUGUGAUCACACUCUACCAACUUUACAAGAAAGGCUCGGAUUUUUUUCAGGCUUUGCUAGCCAACCCAGAAGGAAGUGGUCGCCAGAUUCAAGACAAUAAUAUCUUCCUGUCGUUGGGUCUGCAAGAGAAGAUUUUGAAAAAGCUUCAGAUGAUGGAAAACAAAGUGAGAGACCUGGAGGGCAUGAUCGUCGCCCAGAAGCCUGCCAUGAAGAAGUGGGACUGCUCUUCGGAGCCCUACUGCAGCUGCUCCGACUGCCAGAGUCCCUUACCCACAUCAGGGUUUACUUCCACUUCCGAAAUGUGAUGGACUCCAGUCUUUUCCAGAAAAGCACUGCUUCCCUCGUGUGUGCAGUGGUGUAUCAAUAAAAGAGAGAACUAUAUUGAAUUUACCCUGCAGAGAUCUGAUUCCCUCUUCAGGAGGGCCCAGCAUCUACUUGGUGGGUGGUAGAUAAUGUGGGGUGAUUAUAGUUGAAAAUGUCUCUGAGCCUGGGGACUGUGGCUUGCUGGUAAGUCAUUUGCCUGGCACAGACAGGUCUGGUGCUGAUUCAGCAGGCUAGGGACCUUAUAGUAAUGCAAGAUAGUCAUGGGAUACCCUCGAGGUAGAGUUACAGGGAGUUGUGAGUCAGCCUGUGGGCACUAGAAAUCAAACUUGGGUCCUCUGCAAGAGCAACAAGUGCUCUUAAAUGCUGAACCCCUCCAUCCAUCCCCAAGUGUGUUCUUCAUUUUAUAAACUAUGAUUUGCCUCAACCCAUUUAUCUUAUU